UUUGGUGCAAAUUGUGUUUUCCGGGUGUUAAAAGCAGACUCUUUUUCGCUGAGAAAAAGUGCCCCAAUUACGCUAAGAAAUAGCUCAAAAAAGGUAAAUGAGCACAUUUUCGACAGAGGGGCGUUCAUCGUCAUCAUCUGGCAUGGACUGGAUCUGCAGUGAUCCCGACUGUAAGAACCUGAACUUCGCGAGGCGCACCCACUGCAACCGGUGCCAGCGGGAACGGUCGCUGGAUGGGUCUGCCAAGAAGAAGCUUGGCACGGAAAUUGGCAAGGCGGCGGCAGAGAAGAGCCGCGGCCUAUUUAGUGCUGAAGAUUGGCAGUGCAGCAAAUGUGCCAAUGUGAACUGGGCACGCCGUCAGACCUGCAACAUGUGCAACAGCCCCAAGUUCUGCGACGUCGAAGAGCGCACCGGCUACGGCGGCGGCUACAAUGAUCGUGGCGUCGUAGAGUACAAGGAACGGGCUGAAUCUGAUGAUGAGUACGAUGAAUUUGGACGUCGGAAGCGGCGCAAGGAGGAACGUUCGAGAUCUAGUGGUCGUGACCGAGAGAGACCCAAGAAGCGCUCGCCGACCCCGCCGUCGCCGCCGCGAGCUGCUCCCCGCGAUGAAACGGACGAGGAGGAUGACGAAGAUGGGGCUGAUCUCUCCAAGUACGAUCUCUGGGGUUCAGACAACGACGAAGCUAGCUCAGUCCCAAAAGCACCUCAGGUAAAGAGAUCACGCUCCAAGUCAUCUACCCCCUCGUCUCAAUCGCGUCGCCGCAGCCGCCGUUCUCGGUCUUCUCACGAAGGUUCAACAUCGCGAUCCUCCAGCAGUUCUAGCUCCUCUUCUCGCAGUCGCGGUCGGAGACGUUCUCCACGCGGCCACCGGCGCCGGAAGUCGUCGCACUCGCGGUCCAGGAGCCGUUCACCACUACCUAAAUACUCCUCAUCACGACGUCGCUGAUGGGCCUCUAUCCAGAGGGCAAAAGACUUACAACUUCAGAGACACCUCAACGCGUAGCCAGCGGGUUGAGCACGGAUGCUCUCCCCAUUAAUUUAUAAUAAUACUAUCUCUCUGUCUGAUGGGACAGCCCAUAAAUCUAGUGAUUGUUUUGAGAGUUCCCCUUCCUUUGCUCGUUAGAAUUUUAGAGAGGAUGGAGAAGAGACAGUGGUAAUUUAUCGUUUUUGCAAAGUGGUAGCGCUUUGCAUUUAAUUGUAAUGCACAAAUUAUUUUGCACUCUCAAAACCCAAAAGUUACAAAAAAAAAAAAGUUUCCAAAAUCAAUAAUUCCACAGUCAAAUUAUCAAAUAAAUCAUUUUUAAUCCAGUCAA